GAAAAUUCCAAAAAAAUAAAAAUUCGAAUCAGCGAAACGAAGAUAACAGCAAGUUACAGGCAUGGCUGCUGUAGCAGAUUCCAAGUCAUUUUUAGAGUACCGUGGACCACAGCCUGGGGUUAAAUAUCCUAUCCAAGUUUUAUAUUGUGGAGAAUGUGGAGUCCCUGUAGAGUACUGUGAAAACUACCCAACAUAUGAGAAAUGCAAGGCUUGGUUAGAAAAAAAUUUGCCAGAUGAAUUUGAAAAACUGAAAGUUGACAAAACUUCUCCUACAGCUGGAGGAGUUGAAGAGGAUGGUGGGUCAGAGAGUAAAGAGGAGGGAGAAGAGAAGAAGAAGAGACAGACCAGGGGAGGUAAGGCCAUCAUGAAAGCUAAAAAGAAAAUGGAGCCUCAAGGUGUGAAGUUGUGGACACAGACACGAGGUAAAAAGAAGAAGGUGACCAUCAUUGUAGGCCUGGCUUCAUAUGAAAUUGACCUGAAGGAAGCCAGUAAAUUUUUUGCGGGUAAAUUCUCCUGUGGUUCCUCCAUCAGUGGGGAUGAUGAGAUUGUUGUACAAGGGGACGUCAAGGACGAACUUUUUGAUAUCUUACCCGAGAAAUGGAAGAUAAUAGACGAAGAUGAUAUUGAAGAUUGUGGGGAUAAGAAAUAGUGAGGUUGAGUGAAUGUGUGAUAUUUUGUGAGGUUUGUGUUGUGUGUGAUUUUGUGUGAAGUUUUGUGUUGUGUGUGAUUUUGUGUGAGGUUUUGUGAUGUAGUGUGUGACUGUGUGUGUGUGUAAUGUCUUGUGGUACUCUUUCGCCCAAAUAAAGUUCAACCCUAAAA